GGUACUUUCUAUGUGCAUAGCCGCCCACCACUGCCUUCUUUAUAGAUUGCAUAGAAAAAGGAGAGCUAGCUAGAAUAUCAGACAUAAAGAGAGUAGUCAUGGUGGACUUGUCCCAUAGGAGUUUGAAUGUUCUAAUGCUUCCAUGGUUAGCUCAUGGCCAUAUAUUACCAUAUCUAGAGCUAGCCAAGAAGCUCACUCGCAGAAACUUCCACAUCUAUUUCUGUUCCACCCCUGUAAAUCUCAAUUCCAUUAAACCUAAUCUUUCCUCUGCAGAUUCAAGCAGCUACUCCAAUUCUAUACAACUAGUUGAGCUACAUCUUCCUUCAUUUCCUGAGCUUCCUCCUCGUUACCACACAACCAAAGGGCUUCCACCACAUCUCAUGCCCUUACUUGAAAAAGCCUCUAACAUGUCUAGGCCUAAUAUCACAAAUAUCAUUCGAACCCUUAAGCCUGAUCUGAUUAUUUAUGAUUACCAUUUGCGUAAUUGGGUACCAAGAUUAGCUUUUUCUCUUAAAAUUCCUGCCAUUACCUUCCUUACUAAUGGGGCGGCUCUGAUCACUUUUUUGUAUCAUUAUAUGAAGAAGAAAGAUGAAGAAUUCCCAUUUUCUGAACUAUGUAAAGAUGAUUUGAAAGAAAAAUUUGUCCAAAUGGAUUUAACAUCAUCUUCAAACAAUCCGUCCGAGCAACACGAAAAAGGUGAUGGUCAUCAUGAAGAUGUCGAAUGGAAAGGACCGUUUUCUAGUAUGGUUUUGUUGAAGUCUUUUAGAGAUCUUGAAGGGAAAUAUAUGGAUUAUCUCUAUGCUUCUUUUGGCAUAAAGAUGAUCCCAGUUGGUCCUCUUGUUCCUGACCUAGUCAACAACGAUGACAACGAGGGCACGGACAUCAUCAACUGGCUAGACAAGAAAGAGAAGUGGUCGACCGUGUUCGUUUCGUUUGGAAGUGAGUGUUAUUUGUCAAAGGAAGAUAUGGAAGAGAUGGCUCAUGGCCUAGAGCUUAGCAAGGUGAAUUUUAUAUGGGUUAUUAGAUUUCCUGAAGGAGAUAAAGUGAAGCUGGAAGACGCUCUUCCACAUGGGUUUUUAGAAAGGGUAAGAGAAAAAGGAAUGGUUGUUGAAAAUUGGGCACCACAACUAAAGAUUCUAAGCCAUUCAAGCAUUGGGGGUUUUGUGAGUCACUGUGGGUGGAGUUCAGUGAUGGAGAGCAUAAAAUUUGGAGUUCCAAUCAUAGCAAUCCCUAUGCAACUUGAUCAACCAUGGAAUGCUAGAGUUGUAAUUUCUUCCGGUGUUGGUUUAGAGAUUGAGAAGCGCAAAAACAAGAGGCUAAUUGAGAGGGAAAAUGUUGCUAAAGUGAUAAGAGAAGUUAUGGUGGAAAAAACAGGGGAGGAUGUUAGGAGGAAAGUUAUCAAAAUGAGCGACAAUUUGAAAAGACAAGUUGAGGAAGAGAUGGAUAGGGUGGAAAAAGAACUAACGCAAAUUUGUGGAAUUUAAUCCGCAUGCUCUUUCAAGGCCAUUAAAUUUUCUUUCUUUCUUUAGUUUUCUUUCUUUUUCUUUUUUUUACCUUUAAUAAUUGGAUAUGAGAUUUGAACUUAGCCUUAUGAUAAAAAAUAGACUUUAUGAUCAGACAAAAUAUAGGAGAAUUAUAUGUUCAGACAAAAUAUUAUUAAAUAAUCAAACAAGCAAGUUUAUUUUGCCAAACCCACUUGCCUUCGCUGGUGUUGAUUGCUAAAUGUUUUAUGCUGCAGAUUAUAAAUUCUGUUUUUUAAGUCGGGAAAUGUUUCACAUUUUUUAUCGGACAAAUAAUGUAAGCUGAAUAAUUGCUUGAA